AACAAAUUUUAUUUAAAAUGGAUGGAAUGGACGUGCUAUGGUCUAAAGAGAGAUUGUAUAAAAUUUUUAGUAAAGAUUGUAUAAGAGUGAACGCGACACAUGCGUCUGGUGACGGGGGAUCCCCGCUCCGUUGCUGCCGACUUUGUGGUGGGGAUGGGAACCUGAAGUGUUUCUGCGAGACUUACCUGUGGGAGGGCGUGGAGGAGCGGUAUGAUGAACUGCUGUUCAACUGCUUUGGUAUACGGGCAUCAACAGACGCCAUGAUAUGUGAACGCUGCGUCCAUCAGCUCCGAAACACCCAACGGUUCCGAGCGCUCGUGCAGUCCGCUUUUGCGAGACCGCCCAGUGAAUAUUCAAGUAAUCAAUCCCAACUGGGCAUCGGCGAAGGUUUUGUUCGGAAGACAAUCAAAAGCAAAGCGAAACUAUCGAGAUUUGAUCUCGCGAAAAAGGUUGCCAGUACUGGCACAGACUUGAACCACAGAAAAUCUAGAGCUGAGAGGAAAAAAAACAUUUGCAACACCAAAGCGCAAGUUCGGCGGAUGAAUAUAGCUUGUUCUGUGUGCAAGCAGAAGUAUCCAAUGCUAGUUCCUUUUGAUGGAUGCAAGAAGUUUGUCUGCUCGAGGUGCAAGAAAGUCGGCCGUAACAGUGCAAAUUGCAGUAAAGUUAACGCAAGAGUGCCGGCGAAUAUGUCGAGGGAUCAUUCGGAGUUACACGCUAAAACUGACCUUAGGGGAAGAAGCAGACUGUUUAGUGUGCAAAAAUUACCCCCGCAGACGGUUAAAGCACCUAUACACUCCAAGCCCAAAUACCAGUGCAAACAGUGUACGAAAAAUUAUUCUGUCGCGGAACAUUUGACGCAGCACGUUAGCAUUGUACACGAGAAAACAAAGGGCACAGUUUGUAAAAUAUGUGAAAAGGAUUUUAAUACGAAGGAAAUGUUAGACAGGCAUAUGAGGAUGCAUACAGGCCAGCCGAUAUACCAGUGCGACGUGUGCAUGCGAGUUUUUAAAGGCAAAAGAGCUUUUCAGACACACUACUUAACCCAUGGAAAAUAAAAUUAAGCUAUAAUUAGACGUCAAGUAUAACAACGUUUAAAUAUGUACACAACGGUUAAAGUGUUCCAAAAUUGAAUAUAAAGGGGUAACAACUAUGAAGAUAAUAUAUCUUUAAAAUAUAACAAUCCCUUUAUUGAAAUUUAAAACGCUAUUUUGUUAAUAUGUGUAUCUGAAAAGGUUUUAGGCUGUUUGCCAAUACUUAAAAACAAAAGUGUCUAUGGCACUUAAAGAUUGUAAGGAAAACAGAUGGCGCUGUAACUUUUACUCUUUAACUAAUACAU